AUGGCUGAACGUCGCGUCGAAGAAGUGAAAGUCGCGAUUCUGGGGUGCGGAAAACUGGGGACUGCGAUUCUUCAGGGUCUGCUUCAAUCUACAAAUCCCGAAUUGCGCAUGAGUCAUGUUACAGUGACUACAAAAACGCUUGAGGGGGUGAACCGAAUCAAGAAUACCAUCGGCUUCAUUGAUUUGAACUCUCCCAAAGUAGAGUUCUGCAGUGGAGACAGUUCAAGAGCUGCGCAACUAGCAGAUGUUAUCAUAAUCGGGUGCAAGCCUAAAGCUCUCUCAGAAGUCUUGAGCGAAUUACCAGCACAAAACGGAAGAAAAAUCCUGAUCAGUCUGGCUGGAGGCGUGACGCUAGACGAUUUAGCUCGCAUGUAUCGAUCUACUCAUCCCAUGACGGGGGACGAAGUUGAUCCUUUCAUCGUCCGCGCGAUUCCCAACAUUGCCGCAUCACUACAACAAUCCGCGACCGUGUGCUCGAGCUUAACGCAAGAUGGCCGAGACCUGACUGCCCGUUUAUUCAACAUGGUCGGUCGCACAAAAUGGGUUGCAGAGGAACACAUGUAUACUGCCUCGGCAUUAUGUUCAUCGUCGCUGGCGUUCUAUGCUGCUAUGGUCACGGCCGUGGCUAGUAGUUCUGAGAUGCCGGCGGAAGAUGCGCUGGAGUUGGCUGCUUUCGCGAUGCAAGGUACAGCGAGCUUAGUGCUGGCGGGUCGGGCCCCUGAGGCUGUCAUAUGUCAAGUAGCGACACCAGGGGGCUCCACGGAGGCAGGACUUCGCAUUCUUGAAACACGGGGUGUAGCGGAGUCGUUGGUUUCCGCUAUGAAGGAGACCUCGGAAGCGACGAGAACAAUGGGAAAAGGAGCAACUCAAUCAUGA